AUGCUUCCCUACGCAAUUGGGUUGCGGGAGAUAUCGGGAACAUGGAUUAUGGACCCAUCCGCAUUCGAGGUCACGCAACAUGAAGCUCGUACACAUAUUACGAUGUAUAAGCUAUUUGAGCAUGAAUUGAUGCUGACUCGCGCCCCGGCUUUUACAGAGAUCAAGUCCGAGGACGACCUCCUUCCCCCCGGUGCCAAGCCCGGUACCGUCCCUACCGACUUCGUCCAGGCUACCGGUCUCGAGCGUCUGGAGCUGAUCGGAAAGAUGCAGGGCAUCGACAUCUUCGACAUGCGUCCCCUGGACGCCUCCCGCAAGGGAACGAUUGACAAUCCCAUCAUCGUCAACGGUGCCGGUGAUGAGCAGUAUGCCGGUUGCACCGGUUUCCCCGCAGACUCCCACCAGGUUAACUGGCUGACUGUCUCCCGCGAGCGUCCUCUUGAGCGCUGCAACGAGUGCGGUAACGUCGUUAAGCUUAACUACAUUGGUCCUGAGGAGGACGCCCACUCCCACGACCACGACCACGGUCACCACCACCCCACCCCCGAGGAGCCCAAGACCUUCGCCGACUACGUCAAGCCCGAGUACUGGUACCGGUAA